AUGAAGUCCAUUCUUUCUGUCUCUCGCAAGCUUUCCAGCAGAAUUUCAUCAAACAGCUUGAUUGGUACAACCAAUUUUGUUUCAUCACGAUGCUACUCGGAUCUUCCUGAAAAGCUUCCAACUCCACCAGGUAUACAGAUCUCUGAUGCACAAAAAGUCAGAAAUCGCUUCAUCGAACAUCGAGCAAAUAAUUUAGAAAAUUAUUUGGGAGUCGUUAAUUUAGUCCCCGAUGUUGCUCACGUUCACGAACGUCAUCUUGUUAAUGAUUGGAUUGGUCCAAAUGUCCCAAAACAACUUUCGUUAGCAGGAAAGGAUUUAUAUGCUAGAGUGUCUCCUAUUAUUGAUUUUAUUAGAACAGUCGGAUGGGAUGCCAUGAGUUCUCAUGAAAUUGAUUUUAUUGAAGAGUGGGAAGCUUGUGCUAAACAAUACAAGAAUGAUGCCGCACAAUACACCGAUGCUGAUAAGGCUGUUCUUGUUCCAAUGAUGGAGAGAGCCUCUCUGUUAUGGAGUGUUGCUCUCCAUGCUGAAAACCUUUGCAGCAUUCUUUCAAACUUGAACAACAAGUACAGAAAUACCUACACUUAUCCUGAUGCUGACAAAGAUUUACUUUUAGAUAUUACUGCUGAAUAUGUGGAAUUGCGAGACAAGUAUUGGGAUGACCGUGAAAUCCGAGACAAGUUGGCCAGUUCCAUCUUCCAACGUUUGACCUUGGUUAAACAAAAGAUUGUUUUGCCAGAACUUACUCUCAAAUUCCCAAAGCUCUUUGUCUAA